AUGAAGGAAAGCGAUCGCCUGCUACGCGGGAUGGGAUCGUGGAUGGGCGCUCUCUACAACAAGAUCGUGGCUCCCGGCCCAGCCUACCCGACUACCUCUUCAUCAUCUUCUACGACACGGCAGAUCGAACCGCGAGCCGGAGCAAGCGCUGCUACCCGCCCACCAUCCGUGAGUUCCCUAUUCGUGGAUCCCGAAGCGAAGAGAUUCUGGGAGGAGACGGACUCCCAUCUCGAUCAAAUGGAUGAGAGAAUCGAGCGCCUCCGCCAAUUGGGAAUGGACAUGGGCGGCGAGCUCGAGAAGCAGACUCGCGAGAUCGAGGAGCUCGACACCAAGGUGCAGCAAACGACCGAGGGUCUCAUGGAAAGGACGCUCAAGAUCUUUCGGCUCACAUGA